GGCGCGGCGCGCAGGGGAGAGGCGGCCCGAUGGGGCGGCCGGCCCGCAGCCUGGCCCCGCUCCUGCUGCUCCUGGCGCUGGGGCACGCCUGGACCUACCGGGAGGAGCCCCAGGACGGCGACAGGGAGGUCUGCUCCGAGAACAAAAUCGCCACCACGCGGUACCCCUGCCUGAAGCCCACGGGCGAGCUCACCACCUGCUUCAGGAAAAAAUGCUGUAAGGGUUAUAAAUUUGUUCUUGGACAGUGCAUCCCUGAAGAUUACGAUGUUUGCGCAGAAGCUCCUUGCGAACAGCAGUGCACAGAUAACUUUGGACGUGUCUUAUGCACCUGCUAUCCUGGGUACCGCUACGACCGUGAGAGGCACAGAAACAGAGAGAAGCCUUACUGCUUGGAUAUCGACGAGUGUGCCACGAGCAAUGGGACGCUCUGCUCUCAGAUCUGCGUCAACACCGUCGGCAGCUACAGAUGUGAGUGUCAUGAAGGCUAUACCCGGGAGGAUGAUGGGAAGACAUGCACCAAAGGAGAUAAAGCUGGGCUUCCUGAGAAAUCUGAAAACACGGCAAAACCAGGGACAUGCUGUGCCUCUUGUAAGGAAUUUCAUCAAAUAAAGCAGACGGUUUUACAACUGAAGCAAAAGGUUGCUUUGUUACCAAACAAUGCUGCUGAUCUUAGCAAGCAAAUCACUGGUGAAAAAGUGCUUGCAUCAAAUGCAUAUAUCCCUGGCCCUCCAGGGCAGCCCGGCCAACGAGGCCCUCCAGGGGCUCCAGGACCAAAAGGGAGUCAAGGAGUUCCUGGGCCUCCUGGACCUCCUGGACAGCCAGGCCCUCGGGGAUCAAUGGGACCUAUGGGACCAUCUCCAGACAUAUCACAUAUUAAGCAGGGCAGACGGGGCCCCGUGGGCCCACCAGGAGCCCCAGGGAGAGACGGUAGCAAGGGGGAGCGAGGAGCACCAGGACCAAAAGGGAUACCUGGCCCACCAGGUUCAUUUGACUUCCUGUUGCUGAUGAUGGCAGACAUCAGAAACGACAUUGCUGAGCUGCAAGAGAGAGUGUUUGGACACAGGACUCACUCAUCAACAGAGGAGUUUCCAUUACCUCAGGAAUUUACAAACUAUCACGACACAGUAGAUUUUGGAUCUGGAGAAGACUACAAACCACGGGCAGCACCCAGAGACUCCGGGAUACAGAAUGCAGCCCAUCCUUAGCUAGGCCUACUGAAAAAGAGCCCCUUAGAGUUGUUCAAUAUAAAAAUGCACUGACAAUGUAAAAAUAUAUAUAUAUAUUAUUUCCCAAUUUUCUCUUUGCUUUUCCCCAACCAUGCUGCUCAUACUGUAGCUUUCUCGAUCCAUGGUGGCCUCCUUGCAGUAAUUCCAUAUCAUCAAGCCUGCACUCUGCAUUGUAUCUAGAUUAUCAGGAACACCUUUUUAGCAUAUAGGGCUAGCAUGAUUAAGGCAUGCUCUAGCUAAUGGCGCAGACAACAGCAUCUCAUCUACUUACAUUUGAUUCUGUGUCCCAAUGACCCGCUAUCCAGACUCUUGCCAGGGAUGGAGGGAUAGCUGGACAUCACCUCUGAAAGACAGCAGUAAUGAAAACCUAGGUCCAGAGUUACUUUAUACAUGUAAAUGAAUUAUAUCACUGACCUCAAGUUCUCACCUAGUGUACCCAAGCUUAGGAAAGUGUGAAGGGUGGAUCCCUGUUUUACAGCAGAGGCCAGCUAUAACUGAAACGUCUCCUUCUAAUACGCCUUAUCAUGGCAGAAAAAGGCCAAAAAAUAUGGAGAAGCAGUGAUAUAAGGGCACUGCUUUGUGACUUGGAAAUGAUUCAGUUUUGUGUUGCUACAGAGUAUUAUGCAAUGAGAGUCAAGAAGAUGUCUGUCCUAAAUUACCCCUACUUCUCCCUUACCCUUCUCCUGCUGCUCAAUGUGGGAGCCAGAUCCCUUCCUCAAAAGACUGCUACUGGAUACAUCACAGCAGGGAUGAGCGAGAGAACAGGAAACUUAUGAAGCAGGAAAAACAGCAUAAGUGAAACAAGCACUCUUACAGGCAAGCACCAAACCAACCCCAGCCUUGCAGAAUGAGCCAGCUCCUGUGGGUGUUUUUCGUCUUUGGUGAAAGUUUGAGUGAAACUGAGAUCAAAGAGAGGCCUCAUGUUUGCAAAGAGCUGUCAUCGGUUUUGUUCCUCUGUCGUGUGAGAGCAAUCUAAAUGGCAUUCACAGAACUAGAACACAGAGUUGCAGUAUAUUUGGCUUGAUAUCCAAGGAGUAUGAGUAGGUGGAGGUCUGCACACGGCAAAACACUUCAACUGGUACUUGGAUGGCUGAGGUGAGGUGCUGCACACAGGGGAUCCUGUAUUUGUAAAGAGGGAUGAAAGGGAAUGCCUUUUUUUUUUUUUUUUACACUGGAAAACUGGAUGCACGAGUUAGACCAUACCUCAUGGAUGAUGUAUGUUACCAUUUCUUUUGGAUUUUACCACAGCUGCUGAGGACUUUGCCACACUUAGAAGAUAAUGAUGUAAGGAGUAUCUUAAGCACAAAAUGUUUAAAUUUCAUGUUGUAUCUGUGUAGCUGCUACUUCUACAGUAUGUUCAGUGCUGGGACUUGUCUAUGUUACAAAUGCAAAGAAAAACUUCUCAUUUUGCCAGGUUUUUCAGGACUUGCAUGUUCUAACAAAAUAUAUAUAGGGAAAAAUGUAAGCAGGCUCUUUCCAGAUCCUUUGUACAGGUUUGGAAUUCUUUCCAUGUUCUCUGGGCCAGAAGACAGUUGGCAUAAUCCCUGUCCCACUAGUACCGGUCAUGUUGUAUACACAGUUGGCUAUCUAGACCCUUAGUAUCUUUUGUAUAGUACCUUAAGAGUAUGCAUUCAUUCCUGUAAUUGUUUCCCAACUCCACACCAUCAGCAUGCCACAAGCAAGGGCAUUAGUUUUAAGAAUAUUAAUGUUCUUUUUUCCUCUUCUCUUCACCUUAUAUGUACAUCAAUAGUAAAAAAGCAAUGACUAAAUCACUGGUAGGUGGCAGCUUAGGAAAAAUGAGUGUUCUCACCCUGUGGUCUUCAGGCUUCUCUUCCGGGAGGAGCUCUCCCAGCAGCUGCAGAUCCAAGUAAACUUGUGAACCAGGCAAUGGGGAAAUCAGAGAGAUCUAGGGAGAAGCUUGUGACGGAAAAAGGGAUGGUCUGAUAGUAGCAGACUGAAAGAAGCUCUAGGACAGCAGAUCUUAUUGUCUUAGUUUCAAGCAGGCAGUUAGGUAUAAAUGACACAGUUCAUCAAUAAGCAAUUUUAAGUACAUUUGUCAAAUGUCAAAUUAUGUAUGUUGACUCUCUUCCACGUUACCCUCCCCAUCACCUGCUGGAUUCUACUACAGAAUUAAUAAUUGCAGUUUCUUGGACCAUCAGACACUGUCCAAUAAGUUAAAAGAGACACUUCCUACAUAGCAACUACAUUUUAUCCUCACCCCCCCACCCCUACCCACAAGCAGUAAGUGUCCAAAAAAAAAAAAGGCACUUGCUUUAGUUCUAAGCUCUGCUUUUCCAAAUAUAAACACCAAAUUAGAAGUUUCUACAGUCUGAUCACCAAACUUUGGGAAGGAGGGGAGAGGAAGGAGGGAAGGAUGCCCUGCUGUACAGAAAUAUCCACAAAAAGGAAAUUCUGACACUGAACCAGAAAGGUAGGGGAAAAAAAAAAAAGGUGCCUCUAAGUGCAGAAAGUCAUCCUACAGCCUCACAAACAUCACCCUGGGCACAUACUGAAGUGCCUUGUAAAUGUGGACCUCAGUAACUUCCCUUUCUAGAGUCUGCAUCAUGACUUUUUACAGCCUGGAGCUGGGUUUCCAACAGGCAUGCUUCCUCCAUAAAAGAGGAAAAUGGAAGCACUCCUUGGUUUUGUCCCUAUGCUUUGCCCUCCUCUGUCCAUAGACUCCCAGCAGCUGGCUGAGUCUCAGCAGCAGGGAUGCUACGGCAAAGACAAGGCCACUCCAGGGGACACAGGAAUCCCUCCAGCAGGGAGAGCCCCUUUGAACACAGGUGGCUGGGAAGGCUCAGCGUUCUGUUUGCGUCAAGAUCUUUGUACAGACCUUUCUCAUUUUAGUUCUGAUUAACCAUAUGAUAACUUUCAUUAUACAGAGAUUGUAUCAGAAACUGUUUUAUUAAGAUAUCUUCUAGAGAAACACACACAGAUACUCAGAAAGAAAGGUAAAAUUUUCUUCAUACCUAAAGUUUUAUAAAUCCAGACCAGAUGAAACACUUCCAAUUUUAAGCUUGGUUACUGGAGACAGAGGGAAGCCAUUAGCUUGCAAAUUAUUUAUUACUUUAUGCCUCCAAAAAUAUCAAAAAACCCACUAAGAACCCAAAAUAAGAAUGUAGAAACAUCUACACUCAUGUCUAGUUUUGUUACUAGGCUCAUGCACAUGACAACUUUGUUUCAUAUAGUUAAAUGCUAUGUAUAACUUUAUUAGAAAGAUUAUUUUGAUGUUAAGACAUCAAGUUAUAAGCAGAAGGAUAAUAAAGAGUUUGUUAUUUUAUUAAUAUUGGAAAUAUAUUUAAUGGAAACAUUUGCAAGAGCGUGUAGUGAUGGGAAAAUGCUGAUUGUUAAUGGGUUUAACAAAAUCAUAAAGCCGGGAAAAUGUUCUUUCAACACUGUGCCAAGUACAUACAGGAUUAGCAUUUCUUACAAAACUGAAAUACUGACACAAAAGAAUUCCUAUAUGGUCAGGCUAAAACAGGAAAAGGAAAGCAAAAUUGAUUAUAAUUGGAAGUAAAGUAAUCCCUGGAAUUAUUGUUGGUAUCACAGCUUGAAUAACAUUUUUUCUAUCAGUAUUUCAGAGUUAGUAUGUUAAACCCCAGUGAAGCAACAAAAGAUGGGGAUGGGGUCCAGGAAGUUCUUAAUUUCACAUAGAAAUCCGUAUGUUUGUUGCUAUUACACAUUCCAAUAACUAUACUGUUCACUUUAUUUAUAUAAGUAUAUGAAAUACUAAAAUGUGUAUAAAAUGAUUGUGAUUUUUAUGAUGUAUUCAUAAUAACAAAGAUAUUUUUCUUA